AUAGCUCCCAGUUAUAUUUCAUUCACAACUGCAUCUAUUUUCAUCCCACUUACAGCACUUACCUUGCUUGGGAACAUCCUAGUGCUAUUAGCRAUAUUUAUAGACCCAAACCAUGAACUGAAGUCACCRUUUAAUUACUUUGUAGCCAAUCUAGCUGGUGCUGAUCUAGUUGUUGGUGCAGUUGUCGACCCUCUAGGUAUUGCCUAUCAUUUUAGUGAGGGUKUAUAUGGUAAAUACCCAGCAAGUCUGAAUUAUAUUCAUAUWCCAUAUUUCUUAGCAAGCACUGCAUCUGUUUUAAGUCUAGCAGCACUUACAUUGGAUCGCUAUCUUGCGAUUACCAGUCCCCUUUCAUACAGGACHAAGUUAAACCCCAAAAGGGCUGGGUUUGUUUCUAUUGGGAUUUGGCUUUUYUCWAUUGGGUUUUCAUUUGUGAGAAUUGCUACUGGAUAUUUAUUAUUUUCGUUCAUUUUUCUUCAUACUAUCAUCUUAUUUUCAUUUUUGGUCAUGUUAUUUACCUACCAGCGAAUAUUCAAGGCAUUUAGGUCACAAGUCCAGCAGUGGGRCAACAUAAGUGAUAUCAAAGACUCAGAUAACUUUGCCAAGCRACAAGCAGUUCGCUGGGAACAGAAGGUCACUAAGACCUUUUUAAUCAUGCUKYUAUUYUUCCUGGGAUGUUAUUUACCUGCAUGCAUUUGCAUUUACAUCACUAAUUUAUGCAGCUYCUGCAGYUGUGUUGUAAUUCAYUGGGCAAGAGACAUCCMUUUUGUUUUGAUUCUUGCCAACUCUUGCAUCAACCCAUUUYUAUAUGCUGUAAGAUUUGAAAACUUYAGAAARGCCUUUAAGAAAAUCCUGUGCUGUCAKGGACUAGUAAAUAGRAURCGCKCAAUCACAAUACAUUUGMAUUUAAUCAAUUCYCAUUCUGGAAGUACAGUUACUGUUGRUACACCAGUCAGUUCUCCUCCAAAUUCAGAGAGUACAUGAUGCAGAAGUGAUUUUCCAUCAACUAUGACAAGAAAAUGACUAUCUAGAUAUAUACUGUAGCUUGUACUAUUUGAUAAUGUAACUGAACCAAAGACAGCACAGUAAGUCUGCUGUUCUUAAAAUAUGUUCCUUUUGUGGUCAAUGGAAAGUCACUCUGACAUCUAACGUUAGUUAAGGUGGCUGGAGGGGGUAUAUUCUUCGUUUGCAAUACGUCACAGCGGCCAUCUUGGUUGAACUUCAACAAAGGAUUUCUAAUUAGUAUCUAUUGUUCAUUCAACCAACAUGGCCGACGGUCUUUUAUCUUUUGAAUCUCAUGAGGAUGAUUGAAAACGAGCAAUUGAUUAUGCCUAGAAACAUUAAGGGUGCUUGAAGGAGUAUAUAAAUAUAAUAUAUCAUGUAUAGAUAUAUACAGUCAACUCUUCUUGWAAUCAUGGACAUAGCAAGUUUACUAUGUAAAAAGAGUAAUCUUAAGUAUAAAGUGUCUAUUGAUGGUGUAUCAGUACCAUUGAUUGCAAGGAUAGACUUGACUGUAUAAUGUAUAUAUGCAAACAUGUUGUAGUCCAAUGUACUGCUAUAWUUUUAAUCACAUACUUCUUUUUGUAUUUAUAUUUAUGCUACAAGUAAGUAUUAUUAUGCUAUAUCAGCGAGGGAUAUUUACAUUGUAAUUUACAUGUUAGCUGUUGAAAUCGAGCCCCUGCUCUCAAUUCACCAAAAUGUCAAAACACAAAUAAAGUCAUAAAACUUUAUGGAAAUAUAUAAAAUACGUUAGGGGUCUCAAACACUAUUUACCRAAGAAUAUAAUUAUAAUGUUUAUUAUUAUUACAGUCAUUUCAUGAAAUUCUCACCGCUAACGUAUAUGGAUAUAUCUAUUAAGGAAGCUGGUAUUGUCUUCAUUUAACAUCAAAAUGAAGACUUUGUUUGAAUUAGCGUAAAUAAACUUAAUUUUGAUCAGUUUGAUUAAUUURAAUUAUUAUUUAGAAAGAAAAGAGCAAAUGCAAGCCCCAUACACCUUAUUCCAAAAUGGCUGACUAUCCCUUGAUGUCUCGUUUUCAUGAAAUUGUUCUUUUCUUUUAAAGUCACUCAAGCUCAAAGACAAAAGAGUAAGCCAUUUUGGAAUAAUGUGUAUGACAUUGUCCAUGAUGUACACAUGAUAAUGAUGCAGUUAGCGUUCAGAAUUCUUACAAAUGACUGUAUUGCACUGUAUAUCUUUACGCAUAAUGUUGUAACUAAGAGCUGCCUUACAGAAUCCUUGGUUGUAAAAUUUUGUUUAUUGAAAUAAAGGAACCUGUUGGUAUCGGGUUUGGACUUAA